AUGCAGGCGAGGAGCUCAUUGCUACGUCGGCCAGUCCGUGGUCGCCUCGCCCCCGCAUCUCACCAGCUCGACAUGAAGGCGUGGAGGCGGAAGCCGCGGGCGAAGUCCACCGCCACCAACACAGCCGGCACUUCUCCUCCCAGUCUGAGCGCCGCCAAAACUCUGCCGUGGCUCGCGACGGACGCCGACGUGGGCAUCACGCGCGUGGCGGCUCCAGCGACCAAGAACGAGCACUGGAGCUACGAGAUCUCGCUGCGCUUCCCGCGCAAGCAUACGCUGUGGCUGGUGCGGCGCUCGUACGCCGACUUCCAGCGGUUCCACGCCGCGCUCGAGGGCGCCUUCCAGCAGACGCUGCAGACCCGACGCGUGCACCUGCCCAAGCCUUCGAGGCUCGGGUGGGACGCGUUCCGGGCGCAGUCGGUGCGCGCGGCAGCGGCGGACAAGCUCCGCAAGCAGCUCAACAGCUAUCUGCACAAACUGCUGGAGAUUGAGAGCGUGCACGCCUCGGACACGUUCCGCGACUUCGUGACGCCUCGACCAGAGUCGAACGACAGCGAAAUCGUGCAGCACACGGAGGAUAUUUGCACCGACAAAGCGACCGAAGCUGGGUUCCGAACGCUCGCGCGGUCGAGCAGCUCGACCAGCACCAGCACGACGGCCAGCACCAGCGACAGCAUCGGAGGACUCGUGGAUCUGCCGCUGCCUUUUCCGUGGCGUGUCCCCCCGCCGACCCUAGCGCCUUCACGGUGCGACGAGCUUGUGCACUUCGGUGGCGUUAUCGCGUUGACAGCAUUGGGCGGACUUUCUGUCGGGCUCACAAAGCGCAGUGCGCUCUCGGGCUCGCAGAAGGCUGCGGCCGUGGCGGCUGGAGUAGCGGGCGUAGCGCUGACGGGGCCCUUGUCGGCGGUGUUCGCGCUCAGCGCUCUUGGAGGCGGCGUGGGGAAGUACCAGCUCAACAAGGCGUCGUACCUCAGUGUCUGCAAACCACAGCAGAAUGAAGAGACAGGGAUUGAGUUCGUCGUGGAGAACGCCGAGCAGUUUUCGGGGCCUUGGCGAGCGGCGAGGUUCGGAGAUGCCGUCCAUUUGUACUGCCACAAGGUACGCAAAUCGGUGCGUAUAGUAGCUCCUCCAGACUCGAAGCGCGGUCAUGCCAUGGCUACAGGAGGCAACUCGCAAAAGACGACGUUGCGGCUUGUGUCGCCGUACGGACACACAGGACCGCUUCGUUGCGGCAGUCAGGUGUUCUUGCAGCUUGUAGAGGGUGAGUGGGCGGGUCAACUACUCGGUAUCAAUGGAGAAUUUAUCACGGCCACGAAGUAUUCGCCGGCAGUAUUCCAGCUAGGCACCAUCAACGAUGAGCACAGCGCCGUAGCUUGUCCAGAGGCAGCUACGACGCCUGAACCACAGCCAGUUGAGGACGCGAGCCCAAUAGUUCGCUCUUCAUUGCCGAGGAGUCCUAUUCCUUUCAAGCUGCGCGUCAUGGUGUACAACGUGUGGCUGCUGCCCAGCUUCGUGUCGUCUUUCAACGAGAAGAUUUCGCCGUGGGCCUCGCAGCGUGCCUCAGCUAUUCCACGUUGCCUCGCUCCGCUGGACGUCGACGUCGUGAUAUUCUGCGAGGCGUUCUGCAGCACUUCGCGCGAGAAACUCGUAUCCGGGAUGAAAUCGCAGGGCUACAUCUACGAGACCAAGGUCGUCGGAGACGUGUCACUUCUCGGCUCCAAGAAGGUGAUCGAUGGCGGCUGCUUCGCCAUGAGCAAGUACCCACUCGGACGCUGUGAGGAGCUUACAUUCGGCAGCAUAGCGUCCGGUGAAGAUCGGUACGCAGACAAGGGGAUCAUCUACUUCCAGGUGCGCAUGCCCGUCAGAAGCAGCUUAGGCUCGGAGAGGACCCAGACCGUCCACGUGGUUGGGACGCAUCUGCAGGCGUGGGAGACUCCGGUCGCUACAGCUACGCGGAACUGCCAGCUCAUGCUGAUGCGCGAGUUCGUGGACUCUCUGGAUCUGCCGAAGGACGAGCCCGUGAUCUUCGCGGGCGACAUGAACGUCAACAAGCACGCGGACGGCGCCCAAGCUCCUGACGGCGAGUACACCGCCAUGCUCGACCGACUGGGCGUCCACGAGCCGCAGUUGCACGACAAGUCGCCGAUGUACAGCUUCGACCCGCACACGAACAGCCUUGCAGUGGACGGUCCGAGCUCCGGUGGCAUUACCGAACGGCUGGACUACAUCAUGGUCGAGCGCAGCCACCGCCAACCUGUCGCCGCUUCAACCGAGAUCGUGCAACUCAAGGCCACGCGGCAUUGGGCUCCAUCGCGAGGCGUGUGCGACGAAGUCCUCGUGGACCUGUCGGACCAUUACCCGGUUGUUGCCGACUUGCACUUCUAACUUUCACCCUAAAAUAGUUAACUUAUUGGUCAGAC